AUGGGUGCGGCAGACCGUGCCAGUUGGUUAGGGCAGAUACAGAAAGACAGGGCUAGACGCCUUGAAUUGGAUGUAGCAGAGACCGAUCUACGCCGUAGAAGACCUCAUGUGGACCUGCAAGAUGACGAUAAUCUCGAAGAAAACCGUGAGCCUCCCCCUGAGGUCAAAUCACUCAUCGACAUAUUUCCGGGUGUCUCCGCCGCCCUUCUUAUCCGCGUCUUCGAGAGGAAGUUGAAGGCGACUGAACUUAUACGCUUCAAAGAGAAGUCAGUCACCGAGCUAGAUCAGGAGGAUAGAGUCUUCAAAAUGACCGAAUCGGGAGGCACAGUGGGCUUCAAGAAGGCAGCAGCGUCGCUUAAGGACUGGGGCCCUAACCCUCAGAUAUGGACGACUUGCUUUCUUGCCUAUCUGGCCGUUGUAGGGUACCUCUUCGGCGAGAAACAUCCUAAGGCAAUUCCCAACCUCCUCAUGUUUAUGAGGCAGAUCCUGGACUUCGCUCAGACUUAUCAGUGGUCGGAAGCAGUUCUCCCACUUGCCCUUAAUUUCCACCAAUACAUACUGGAUAAAGGAGAGCUAUCGACGGACAACUACCUGGUCACAGGCCCAUUUCGCGAGAAAUACCUCCGCCACAAUCUCACCCUACCUGCGAAGUCACCAACAAAUCCUCCAGCCCGGCCUCCCCUUGAGAACUGCACUAGUGACACCGGCAACGUUGUUCUUAACCCCUUGUCCCUAAGCCUCACACCGCAGGGGCAACCACCUAGACCAAACACUGCUAUUCAAUAUCCCGUGUUCAACCCAGAGCUCCCAAGAUUACAAUCCUCUCCGUCACCACUCAAUGCGAAAGGCUGGAGCAAUCUUCUGCGCUACUAUCCAGGCGAUCUGGGCUCCACUAUCGCUGGGAUUCUGACCUACGGUGCCCAGGUUGGCUAUAGGGGCAAGAAGCAGUUUCGCUAUUCCUCUAACCAUCACAUACACGAACCCGGCAUAAUCACGGCCCAACUAGCAGAAGACCUCAACCUCGGCCGUGUUAGACUAGCCUCUAGGCCCUCCUUUGUUUCACCGCUUGGGUUGGUUCCUAAGCACGAUGGGGGAUGGCGCCGCAUCCAUGACCUAUCUUGGCCGCCUGGACAGGGCCUUAACCAGGGCAUACCGGACUCCUGGUCAGCGAUCGAAUACAUGACAAUUGAUCAUAUCUACGAGCAGGUCAUACAAGCUGGCCGGGGUUGCACAAUCAUCAAGAGGGAUAUCAAGGACGCCUUCCGAAUAGUCCCCGUUGCCGAGGAUAACCAACAUCUCCUUGCCUUCCAGUGGAAUGACUCGACUUACGUCGAAUGCUGUCUCCCCUUUGGCCUCGCAACGGCCCCAUUUCUGUUCAAUCUCUUCGCCGAGGCAUUCCAUUGGAUACUCCAAUGCCACCUACCUGCAUUCCAUAUCAAUCAUUACCUAGACGACUUCAUCGUCAUUGCCCGGUCUCCCUCGGUGACCGAGCCUACGGGUCCCUUCGACGAGGUUUACAACAGGGUCACCGACUACCUACGUAUCCCCCGCAAUACCAAAAAGGACCAGCAAGGGACCUGCGUUACAGUCCUAGGUAUCCAGAUCGACUCUAUUGCAAUGGAAGCUCGUCUGCCACCAGAAAAGUUGUGCCGCGCCACAUUGGACGCCGCAACUUGUCUGACGGCAGUGAGUCUCUCACUCAAGCAAACAGAGCGCCUCGCAGGCUUAUUAGCCUUCUGUUCAAGAGUUGUCCGGCUAGGGAGAACAAGGCUACAGUCUCUAUACUCCUUCCAAGCCGCUUUCCCACAUGGGAGUAGCGCGCGCCGCCGUAUCCCCUACGAGGUACGUGACGAUUUGGAAUGGUGGAGGGACUCCUUGUCUCUCUUCAACGGCGUACUCCUGAUUGACCCUUGCCGCCGCACUAUCACGCAUCUCUACACAGAUGCUUCUAGUAUAGGCCAGGGGCUCUUCUUCUUCUCAUCCAAGUCUACAUUAGACUGCUGGCUGGCCCAUUGUCACCAGCUUCAUCAAAGCAAUGCUGCCACAUUGGCCCUUGCUCAAGACGCACACGCGCACAUCAAUACUCAAGAAGUAGACGCCAUCCUCCAAGGCUUCCUACUCUUCAGCCACCAUUGGCUCCAUCAUACUCUCGUUAUCCACACGGAUAGCUCCACAGCGCACAUGGGACUCAAGAAAGGCUUCCUUCAUGGUCCGCCUAACGCACCUCUAAAGAGCCUACUUAUCCUAGCGGCGGCGAGAGACAUCCACAUCGUGCCACACUGGCUCCCCUCCCGGGAAAAUACAUUAGCAGAUGCGCUCUCACGACCUCUCGGUAUUGAACCGCCCGCGUGGUUCUCUUCACGAGCUCCUCAGCUCAAUGCAGGCCACCUGAAACUGCUCUGGAACGGACUCAGCGCUAACACACGUUCCGUUUACCUCUCCGUUCAGCGUAAUUACGAAAAGCACUGCGCGCUACAGAAUCUAUCCGCGUGGCCAGUUUCAAGGCAUUCAUUGACCUCAUGGCUAAGCGCACGACUUCUUGGUAACGCUAGUCAAAAGGCCGUCAAGCCUGAUACCGCACUCGCCGACCUAGCCGCUCUCCGAGCCUACCAUAUCGACAACUUCCUUGACGAUAAACUCUUUGAUAAUAAGCAUUUCCGACGUCUUAUAGACGGCGCGAGAAGACUCAAUCCCAUGACAAAAGUACGGCUCAGAAAACCGAUUUCGCGUGACACUAUCACGAAACUAUCCGCAGGCCUCGCCACACUCCCGUUACGUCCCUUAGAGAUGACUGCGAACCUCCUAGACGACCUGAACUUCGCAACCGCGUGUCGGGUAGCAUUUGCUGGGUUUCUCCGCCUCGGAGAAUUUACCUAUAAGACUGAAGACCUCCGCACACGUUCUAUCUUCUCCGCCACAAAGUUAACGCGCUCAGACGUCAGACUCUCGCCCUCGUUAGACCACGCGCAACUCACACUCAAGCGCAGUAAGACGGACCGCCGUCACGAAGGGGUGCAAAUUAUUCUUGCAAAGACGGGAGACGGCGCAUGCCCAGUUGACGCCCUUCGGAAACUGCUACUUCUCGACCCCAAAGGGCCCGACGCCCCAUUGUUCUCCUUCGGCAGAAGACCAUUUAGCCGCAACAACUUCCUCUCGACCUUAUCUACUAAGCUAAGAGCACUUGGGAUACCGACACACGGAUAUUCAGGUCACAGCUUUCGGAAGGGUGCGGCUCAGCAUGCGCACGAUAGUGGGAUACUCGACGACCAGAUUCAGAUGCUAGGGAGAUGGACCUCGGAGGCAUUCAGGGUCUAUUUUACGACGAAUGCGUCAGUCCUUUACAAGCUCAACCACCAGUUCCAGACAGGCUCCCCGGCCCCGCUAACUCAAGUCUUCCUAGACCUGACCUAA